AUGGGACCACCACAUCCUAUUUGGAAUUAUUUUGAUAAGCUUGGACACGUUACUGGAUUUCAACAACCUCGAGCAAAAUGUUCCGAAUGUAAUUAUGAAUUUAAUGAAGCUACAAAGCCUGCAGUUAAACAUUUUAAAAAAUGUCAAUUGGUUUCAAAUGAUAAACGAAAAGAAUAUGCUGAAUUAGAAAAUGUUUAUAAAGCUAAUAAAAAAUUAGAUACCAAUUUAGAAUCAACAUUAUCAACAACAGCCUCUAGUUCACGAAUCUCUAAACAAUCAAUGCUAAGCUUUGUAGACCGCAUUACACCUCAGGAACAAAAAGCAUUAGAAUUAAAGUUUGCUAGCUCAAUUUAUCAAUGUGGUCUUGUUUUAUCAUUAUCUGAAUUACAACCUAUUAUUGAUUUAUGGAAGCAAGCAAGACCUGCUUUUAAAUUACCAUCACGCAGACGUUUAUCAUCAUCAUUACUUGAUAAAGUUUAUAAUGAAAUUAAAAAAGAGAUGCAAUUUUAUAUUUCAAAUUGCAAUAAUUUGUGCUUGGUUUCAGAUAGUUGCCCAACUGGAGAGACUCGGCAAACUGGAGAAGUAAUUGCAGAAAAUCUUCAAAAAGUUAUUAAUCAAGUUGGUGUACGUAAAAUAGCAUGUGUAAUUACUGAUAAUACAUCAGUAAUGAAAAAAGCGUGGAAUAUUUUAAAAAGAAAUAAUCCACAAAUAUUAUUUUUAGGCUGUAUAGCUCAUAAUCUUAACUUAUUAAUUGGUGAUAUUUUAAAAUUAAAAUGGGCAACUAAUACAUUAAUGAGUUCUAAAAAAUUAGUAUAUUAUUUUAAGAAACAUCAAAUUCCAGGUGCUAUUUUGAAGCGAUAUCAAAAAUCUAGUUAUACUAGAUAUAAUACACUUAAAUAUCCAGCUCAAACACGUUGGGGUUCUUCUGCGGCUUGUUUAAAUUCAAUAUUAAAAAACCAGUUAGCAUUAGAACUUGCAAAAACUGAAUUAUCAAGAGCUACCAAUAUAGAUUUUCCUAAAAUAAUUGCUAAUACUAUUAAUAGUAGUAAUUAUUGGAAUUCAGUUAAAAAUCUUUUAUUUAUUUUAGAUAGACUAGUUGUAGGAAUUUCAAUCUUUGAAAAUUAUAUUCAAAAUGAUGAUGAUGAUACUAUAAGUGAUUCAAUUCGAAAUAUUCUUAAAAAACGGUGGAAAAAAACAUAUAAUCCAGUUAUACUUGUUGCAUAUUUAUUAGAUCCUCGAUAUCAUGGGCAAGAUCUUCCAAAAAAUUCUAAUUCUAUAAUUUCCAAAUUUGUACAAGAAUAUUAUCCUCAAAAUGCUACUAAAAUUUGGAGUAGCAUUACUGAAUAUAAAACAAAAAGUGGUGUAUUUAAUCAGGAGCUUGCAUGGAAAACUGUUUAUCAAGUAGAACCAAUUGCUUGGUGGGAAGCAAAUUUUUUAUCUACUGCACUAUAUCUUGCAAAAAUGGCAAUACGAAUUUUAUCAAUUCCAAGUUCAUCUGCAGCCUCUGAACGCAAUUGGUCAGCAUUUGCACAUAUUCAAAAUAAAAAAAGAAAUCGAUUAACAUCAGAAUGGUUAUCAAAACUUGUAUAUAUAUACUGCAACUAUCAUCUUAAUUUACCAUACCUAGAAUCAGCUAAUACAAUUGCAAGUCGCACUCGUGUAGAAUCUUAUAGUUUUGAUGAAAUUAAUGAAUCUGAAAUUGGUAUUUGGGAGGAUAGUGAUUUUGAUUCUAAUAACGAAAGUAAUAAUACAUCUAAUAAUGAUACUCAGGAGAGCAGUAAUGAGUAUAAUACUCAGGAGAGUAAUGAUGAAGAAAUCUCUAGCUCAGAUGCUGAAGAUUUUUCUGAUUAA